AUGAGCGAAGUACGAUCCCCAAAAAUCGGACAAGAUCCACCAGCCCCGACCAAUUUUGGUUCCAUAGAUGGUUCUGACGCUUUUAGUUGCCUUCUUCAAAAUAUAUUCUCAUGGAUGCCUGCUGUGACAACCCCUCAUCUACCGGAACGCUAUUCGGCCUGCGCAGAAGAUCCCAUCGCCUACACACCCAUUCCAACACCCUCCUUCCUCUUCAACUCCCUGUGUGCUCGGCAUCCAAGUCCGAGUGGCCCUGCGGGUUCGCUGAGUUUGCCAAGCAGACAGCCAACUUGGCCACUCUUUCCCACAUCUUCUGCAUCGAAUCCUAUUUCAACGGAGGACAAGAAGCAGGAAGAAAAAUUAGAAGACAUCGGUCGUUCUAUGGGAGACAUAUUGCAUAAACCAAAGCGUUCAUCUGCCUGUCCUAGUUUCUCCAUCUCUGCCCUGACGGAUGAGCCAAAUUAG